UUCCAGUGGUUAUUUUGAUAUAGGACACUGGAAGCUACGAUGAACAGGGUUUUCGUUCAUUUACAAAUAAAUGUCUGAAGGUUGAAUUCAAAAGUGUACUGAUGACUCAACAUGUCUACCCGCAUUGAUGACGUCAUGAAGCUAUGUUGUGAGCUGUCUGUAAAUCAGCAGAUAAAGACUACAGUAAAGCAUUCUGGGAAGGGAGCGAUGACUGCUGGAGGACUUGCUUUUGCUGGAGGAUUGGUUGGUGGACCACUUGGAAUCGCUGUAGGCGGUGCUGUUGGAGGACUUCUGGGAUGCUGGAUGACAAGUGGUCAGUUCAAACCACUUCCUCAGGUCAUCAUGGAACUGACACCAGAGCAGCAGCAGAAGCUGUACGCGGACGUCGUGGCUAUCUUGGGGUCGAUUGAUUGGACUGAUGUAGCUCAGUUAAUUGCCAUAGUCACAGGAAGCGUAUCGCUUCAGCAGCAAGUAACUGCAGCUUUACUGAGCUACAUUCACAAAGAGCUUCAGGCUGAGGUUCAUUAUGUGGACUGAACCAAAUGAUCAGUGCCGAGUUUCCCAAAAGGAUCGUAGCACAAAGAUCAUCAUUAUUUAUUAUGUAUAGUUUGGAGCAUGUUAUUUUUAAUGUUACCUUUUAUUUAUUUAUUUAUUGUUUUGUUUCAUUUGAUGUUGAUAGUUUAUGUCUGGGGUUUUUCCCCCCAGGGCACAUUGAAAAACGCCGGUAGGCGAUAUGUUUCCCCUGGUGAAAUAAAUAAAUAAACAAACAUGCAUCAUUAAAUGGUAGCGUGAGCAGCACAAUGAAUGCUCUCUCUCCUAGUUAAGAUGCUCUUAGCGUUAAGAGGCUUUUGGGAAACCCACCACUGAUCACUCCUUUGGACAAUGUAUUUAAUGAAUGCUCUAAUGAAGGUAACGUAUUCUACAGUGUGUCGAAAAAGACUCCAUACGUAGGGGAAAUGAACUUUUUUUUUUUGAGCAAAAUGUCUUCCAAAAUUUUUCAUACUAAUUUUAUAUUAUUUUUUUCUAAUACGUAUUGAUUACAAUACAGUAUGUAUUAACAUACUGAAAUGAUUGAUACAGCACAAAGAUUACUUAAAGGAACACAUUCAAAGUGCAAUUACGGAACCAGUUAAAAGUUUGUACACCCCUACUCUACUCAUUCACAGGUCUUUCUGUACUUGGACUAUUUUCUACAUUGUAGAACAAUACUGAAGACAUCAAAACUAUGAAAUAACAUCUGGAAUUAAGUGGAAAACUAAAAACAAAGGCUAUUUCAUAUUUUAGAUUCUUCAAAGUCGUACCUUGAUGAUGCUUUGAUUUAGAAUGGUUAUUCAGAAGACCUACGUCAUACAGUAUGAUUUUCAGUGCAGCUCUGGAAAAAUUGAAAAAAUUAAAUGUGUACAUAUCAUUAAAGACUACAGUAAGUCAUUCUAAUAAAUAUUAUAAAGAGCAUGAUAAUGACAAAAAAACAAUGUCAAUGAAAUAUGUUAAAAAUGAAUUAUUUACGAUAAAAUAACUUUUCACCGCUCUUUUAAACUUCGUAAUAGGUGACAGCGAUUGAAUUCUUAACAGAUCCCAGUUUGUGUUGGAUUUAAAUGUUCUCAGCAUAUUGUACUUGUGGAAAUCUGUGCCUUUAGUGAAACUUGAUGUAUCUUCAGAUACUUUGCUUUGUACACUAUUGGCAUCAUCUAAAAGUGCACAUCACGGGUAAAUUCAGGAGCAAGAUCAAUGUAAUUCUCAUCUCUCAUCUCAUUAUCUCUAGCCGCUUUAUCCUGUUCUACAGGGUCGCAGGCAAGCUGGAGCCUAUCCCAGCUGACUACGGGC